UUUUUUUGGCCUUUUCCACCAUCUCCAAAGCUUCGACCUUUACCCUUUCUCCUCCCCCUCCUCCUCCCCUUUAUCCCCCUCACCCCCACAAAUUCGCUCUCAAUCUCCCACGAUUCUCAGUUAUCGAUCGAUCUCCUCCUCCAUUUAAUCCUCGAUUGCGUUUUCCGCGUCCCAUUUCCCCCGAUUCAUGGCGAGAAUCGCCCAAAACCCUCCUUUUUGAGGCCGAUUUCGCCUCUACGUUUCCUCGAAUCGCCCUCGAUUCGAUCAACCCCCUUGUCUAAAUUUUACGGCUCAAAAUCGUUUCUGGGUUCUUAUUUUCUCCUCAAUUCGUCGCGCAAAAUCGUUCCUUUCGCGCUCUCAGCUUCAAAUCCCUCUUUUUUUUUGCCCCGUUUUUGUUUGAUCUUUGUCCUGUUCAAUCUCCGUUCCCGAGCUCCCUAAUUUCCAUUCUAAAAGCUGCUUUUUUCUAACCUUUUCCCUUUAAUUUCUUCUUUUUCGCACUCUUUUUUUGUUUGUUUGAUCUAUGUUGUACUCAAUCUUAGUUCUCUAGCUCCAUUUCUUAUUAGGGUUUAAUUUGCCCUAAUUUCCGUGUUAAAAAAAUUUGCUUUUUUGUUUCUCCUUCAAUUUCUUCUAAUUCUCUCCAUCUUUUGUGUUGAAAUUUGUUGGUUUCUUUUGAUCUUCUUCUUCUUCUUCUUCUUCCGAAUUCAAUGGCAGGAGAAAGCUGCAACCUUGGCAAAGACGAUGCCGAGAUCCUCAAACCCUCAUCUUCUUCUUCUUCUUCUUCUUCAACCUCCCCUUCUCCUCCUCCACCCACCCCUCCAUUGUUUCUCAAACCCUGUGAGGAUCAGCUCCCCGCCGAAAAGCCCAAAAGCCCUUGUUCUGAGCCUUCUUUUCCUGACCCCCACCCGUGGAAACCCGAAGGGGAAACCCAAUCCCCUGUCAAGUCCAUCAAUCGGUGCCUAAUUUGCCGCAAAAAGGUCGGGCUCACCGCCUUCCGGUGCCGCUGCGGAGACCUCUUCUGCGGGCGGCACCGGUACUCCGAUGCCCACGAUUGCUCCUUCGAUUACAAGGCCGCGGGGCGGGAGGAGAUCGCGAGGAACAACCCCGUGAUUAGAGCCUCCAAGAUCAUCAAGAUAUGAGGUCGACAAAUUUACGCUUUUGCCGAUCUUUUUCAUGCUAGUUUAGAUCUUUAAUGCUCCAUUAUAUCCAUCCCUAUAUUAUUAUCCUUGGUUUCUGUCGAAAUUUGACGCGCCCAAUUGGAACAUCAUUGUUAUUGAUUAGUAUAGUUGUAAUUGUUGGUGUUAGUUGUUAGAAAUCAACUAUCUAAUUCAUUUGCUAAGCCUUAUUAUCUAUCUCUAUAUAUUUAAUGUUUAUCUUCAUAUAACUCGUAUCGGCUUUAUUUUUCUCUGAUGUAUCACGAUUAUUGGUUAUGUAGCAUUUGAUAUAAUUGCUAUUCAUAGUAAAAAUAUAUGAAGAAUAGAGAAUCCCACAAUUGUAGGCCAUUUUGAAAUGGGAUCUUGAACUUCAAGUUCUUUUAUUGGCGCCCGCUCAACUUUAGUUUGUUUUGGUUUGGGAUGUUUGGCCGAUCGAAUUGGGAAUUAAUGUAAAGUAAUUAGUGGUUUCAUCAAAUUCCACUGGUUAAUCUACUUUUCAGCUGAAUAAACCGCCAAUUUGUCACUAAUUAACGACUAAUAGCUGAUUGAGCUAUUAAUUUUGAUGAAAUCAUGAAUUUGAUUGGCUACAAUAACUCAAAUCAAAACAAAUGGGAGUUGAGUGCAGUUUAUGAUUCUUUUUUUGAAAUGGCCUGAGUUGAAGAGGUUUUUCUCUAUGCAUUUUAACCUAUAUUCUGUACUUUUAUUCUGUAUAUAAUUUAAAUUAGGAACCAAAUUCUAGUUAUUGGCCUUGGAUGCUCGGUAUUAAGUUUGGGAUUCAAAAUUUCGUGUUACGACACGCUGCAGUAGAAGAAAUAGUUGUUUAUCUUUGCGAAAGCCCUUCUACUACUUUUGAUUCCCUUUUAUUAGUGAUUUGUGAUUAAAGUAACGAAUUUGAAGCCAACAUCUGGGAAAGGAAUCUUGUUGCCACAAAAACAUUUGAGAUGCCCAAAUCACUGGGAACUAAAAAAAACAAAGUCAUUACCCAGUUUAUGUUCCCAUCAAAGUGGAGUCCUACCACUUCGGAGAGAGGAAACCAAAGAGUGUUUGGUGAUACUAUCAACCUUCAACACUAUUGCGAAUUGCAAGUAGUGGCCGCUCUCGAGAUUCAACAACUGAGAACCGAAAAACCAAGAGUUUUUACUAUUGCAACAAACAAUUCCCCCAACAAAAGGCUCGAGAGCAACUAUCGGAACUUUACCAGCGGCAAACGAGGUAGAAGUGCUAUAUAGUGGUUUUAGCUUUCUUUGUCGGAGUGUCUUUCGAAACACAAUAGCAAUCUUUCUUCUUCAUAUGGUUUGAACAUAAAUGAUUGUCUCUAUCAUUAGCUUACACCGACCGAUUCAUGAAAUUGAGAGAAACAUAGGAGUUCCGUCAUUUAUCGUGCUCGUAGUGGAUAUAAGUGUUUGACGCACAGCUUAAAUGCGUGAAACUUAUCUAAAUUUUGAUACAUAGGGGUUGUUUGGUUGGAUGUAAUUAGAAAAAUAGUAUAGUUGGAAAAGCAUGCAGUUAGAAAUACAGCAGUUACGACUGCAUGCUUCUUGUUUGGUUAGAUGCAGCAGAAAGUACUGCAAUUAGAAAUAAUUUGUUUGUUUGCAUAUUUUUUUAAAAAAAUUGGUAAAUAAAGAACUUAUCCUUA